UCUUCCCUCGCCGGAGCUAGGGCUUUCUCUCUCUCUCUAUAUAUAUAUAUAUAAAUGGCCUUGUCCUGGAGACACCACACACUUAUCCAGGCCCUUCUAUGUCGCGGUCCCCUUAUCGAAGACCAGUUCCGUUCAAUCUUUGCCGGCGUUUCAGGAGAAAGACUAAGUAGCAAUAGAAGGUUAUUCAAUGAUUAUCUUCUGAAGAUAAACAAAGAACUUGCUUUUGCCCAGUUUGAGUUACGGGCUUGCAGGAAUCAAUAUGAUGGUAAUGUUUAUUAUGGAAUGGUUAACAAUGUGGCUGAUGAACAGUCCAAGCUUGGAACCCAAUACACAGUUCCUCAGAUUACUUUCUAUAAAGGAAUUAUUGAGGCGAUUAUCCAGGAUGCAACAGCUCAAGGUAGCAUAUCCAACAUUGAUGCUCUCAAUGUCCGAUUAGAGAGUCAGGCUGGACCAAGUCAAGUUCCUACUGCUGUGAAAACCUUUUCGUUCUCUCAGAAGGAAAAAACUCUUGAAGAACUAGUCCGAGACCAAUGGCUCUGCUCGACAGUUGAUGGUAACAUUGGAUUAGGUCCACGAUCAUUUCUGGACUUGCGCAGCUGGUUUCAUAACAAUGAUAUCCCUACCUGUGAAGUUUGCAGUGAAGCUUUAGUCAAGGCGGAGUCUUGCCCAAAUGAAAGCUGCAAUGUUCGAAUCCACAAAUACUGUCUAAGUAUGAAAUUUUCCCAAAGAAAGGUUGAAAAAGUUUGUUCCAGUUGCAAGACUCCAUGGCCGUGUGAGGUCAAUACAUUAGAAGCUGUGAAGGCGGAGGAAGAUGAUCACUUGAAUGAACCGUCUCAGAAUAAUGUACCCCCUUUAACAAGAAAGAGGCGAAUGUCGAGUCGGGCUACUGAUCCAGAUCAAGUUGGAUCAAGUUCCUCACCAAUUUCAGGUGGUAAUGAAGUUGUUAGGAGGGUGACAAGGAAAACAUCAAGGUUGAAAUAGUAGUAGACUUUUUCACCAUAUUUCUUCUCUUCAUUGUAUAAAACUUAUGCGGUAGCCUUAAA